GGCGGGGCGGGGCAGUGCGGCGCGGCGGGCAGGUUGCUGUUGUUACAUAGGAAACAGCUGAAGAGUCUCCACAUGACAGGGGGGGAAGGAGGAAGUGGGGCGACCCGCGGGGCGCUCCCGCUCCGGUAGCCGCGGGGCUCGGGCGGCGGCGGUGGCCGCGAGGGCCCUUUCCGCGGCGUGAGGGCUGGCCCCGUCUGAGGGAAGACUUGCGCCCCGGCGUCGCCACUGAGAGGAGGCGGUCGGGGAGCGGGGGAGCGCCCCGCCGGGCCGCAGCGUCUCGCUUGUGAAGUUUGGUGCGGGGCGGGACCCCGCCGCCCUUCUCCCGGGCUUCCCGCCAGCCGCGGAGGUGGCGCCGGGCAUGAACGGGUUUGCCCCCGAGGAGGUGACCCAACGCGGGGCGGACCCCGCCACCGCCGCCGCCGUGGUGGGCAAUGCGGGCGCCGCCGUGGAGGUGCCGCCGCCGCCAGCGCCGCCGGGGCUGGGUCCGGCCGCCGCCGCGGGCUCGGCGAGCGCCGGGGGUGCGGGCGGCCCCGGGGCCGGGCAGCUGUGCUGCUUGCGGGAGGAGGGGGAGCGGUGCAGCCGCGCCGCCGGCAACGCCAGCUUCAGCAAGCGGAUCCAGAAAAGCAUCUCGCAGAAGAAGGUGAAGAUCGAGCUGGACAAGAGCGCAAGACAUCUGUAUAUUUGUGACUUCCACAAAAACUUAAUUCAGAGUGUGAGAAAUAGAAGAAAGAGGAAAGGCAGCGAUGAUGACGGUGACUCACCAGUACAAGACAUCGACACUCCAGAGGUUGAUUUGUAUCAGUUACAAGUAAACACACUUCGAAGAUACAAAAGACACUUCAAGCUACAGACCAGACCAGGACUUAACAAAGCACAGCUUGUUGAAAUAAUUGGCUGCCAUUUUAGGACAAUUCCAGUGAAUGAAAAGGACACCUUAACGUAUUUCAUCUACUCGGUGAAGCAUGACAAGAACAAACCAGAUCUAAAGAUGGAUAGUGGGGUUCAUUAGAUGGAAAAGAGUUGAUGGGAGCUUUGAUUUGUUUAUUCAUCUUGUCAUUGCUGGGAUAUGUACUUCCAAGCACCAAGGCCUUCCUGCUCCUAUAUUAAAACAGAAAAAAAUGCAGCUCUCAAAUUUCAAAGCUGUAACUGUGGAUGAAAAGACCGCUGCAGCUUACUGUGCUGAGAAAUCCUUCUACUCGGUAAGAAAUCCUUUAGCUGCUGACUUCCAUUCUUCUGCACAGACUGUGGCUAAGAACUUAAUUGGAGAAUGGAAGACAGAGUCUGUGCUGCGUCAGCAUGGGAUCUUCUAAUUAGCAUGCUGGUUCUGUGCAUGCAUUAGCUCAGAUCUGUUUGAAAGAAAGAAACAACCAAAACUUAUAAUAACUUAUGAAAGAAGAAUGUACAGCAAUACUUUUGCUUUUAGUGAACUGUAUGAGUGAAGUCUGAUGCUGAAGAUGAUAUUGUGAAUGACUCCUUGUAUUGUUUAACUGUUGUGCCAGUCUAAAUGCUAGUGUAUGGAAUGUGAUUUCUUUCUGCUUUAAGCUGGGCCACAAACUUGAAGAAAAGGUGGAAGAAGAAGAGCUCUCAUCUUAAAGCAGAGGAGGAUGCAACUUCAGCUUGUUCAGUUAGUAUUUACUGCAACACUCAACCUUAUCAAGAUGUUUAAAAGCUUUCUCUUAAUUUGGGAUAAACAAGAAAGUAGUAUUUCUAA